AGUUUUAUCAGCAGAGAGCGCACUUCCUGAUUGUUUGACAACAUUGCGAUUUUUUCUUAUUGUGGGUAUAGAGGGAAGUUACUUAACAUGUCGUGUUUUUUGACACUUUGAGUUUUAAAAAGGAUGUCUCUGCCAGUGACGUCGAGUUAAGGAAACCAAGAAAAACGUUAAUUUGCUAAUGGAGGUUACGAGCGCUUCUGCGAAUUAGCUAUAUCGCUGAACUUGAGUUCGGAAAUGUAGGGACCAUUAAGUGUUUUAUCAUCAGGAUUUUUUAUUAUUCAGUGACGCCUUUUCGUGUAUUCUGUUAAUAAGUCAUCUACAUGUUUGGGCCUUUGCAUGAUAGCUGUAUGUUCUGUCUGAUCUCGAAUUUAAAUCGUUAGAAGGCUUCGUUAGCAGUGUGCUAUUUAGCCACAAGCAGAAAAACAGAAGAAAACGAUAAGCCACGUGACGUCACGAUGAGUUUCUUUAGUUUUGGGCAGAGCGCAGAAAUUGAUGUGGUGCUGAACGAUGCCGAGACAAGGAAAAAAGCCGAACAUAAGACCGAAGAUGGGAAGAAAGACAAGUACUUCCUUUUUUACGACGGAGAAACUGUCAGUGGGAAAGUAAACGUGACACUCAAGAAUCCCGGCAAGAGGCUGGAGCACCAGGGCAUCAAGAUCGAAUUUGUUGGACAGAUAGAGCUCUAUUACGACAAAGGAAACCACCAUGAGUUUGUUUCUCUGGUGAAAGAUCUUGCACGACCUGGUGAAAUGACUCAGUCACAAACCUUCGACUUUGAGUUCACUCAUGUUGAAAAACCGUACGAGUCUUACACAGGUCAAAAUGUCAAGUUAAGAUAUUUUCUUCGUGCCACAGUGAUCAGAAGGUUAAAUGACAUCACUAAAGAGUUGGACAUAGUUGUUCAUACGUUGAGUACUUACCCUGAACUUAACUCAUCCAUUAAAAUGGAGGUCGGAAUAGAGGAUUGUCUCCACAUUGAGUUCGAGUACAACAAAUCCAAAUACCAUCUGAAAGAUGUAAUAGUUGGAAAAAUAUAUUUCCUCCUGGUGAGGAUUAAGAUUAAACACAUGGAGAUUGACAUAAUCAAACGGGAGACAACAGGCACUGGGCCAAGUGUCUACCAUGAAAACGACACAAUCGCCAAGUACGAGAUCAUGGAUGGUGCUCCGGUCAGAGGAGAAUCCAUUCCCAUCCGCUUGUUUCUGGCUGGCUAUGAUUUGACUCCCACAAUGAGAGACAUCAACAAGAAAUUCUCAGUGCGAUAUUACUUAAACCUGGUGCUAAUUGAUGAGGAGGAAAGACGCUACUUCAAACAGCAGGAAAUCACACUGUGGAGGAAAGGUGACGUGGUGAGAAAGAGCAUGUCUCACCAGGCUGCCAUCGCUUCACAGCGGUUUGAAGGAUCUGCUGCCUCCGAGAGCGCACUGGAAAAAGCUGCAAAGGAGGAGAGCGGUUAGAGUUGCCACCACUGCCUUCGGAGUCACAGUCUGAGACUGAUUGAAUCUGCAUUAGAGCGAUGAAGGUACACAUAAACAACAACAAGUAAGCAAGCAGCCGGUAAAAGAGGGAUAAGAAGGGAGAACAACAAGGUGUUUUUGACAAAUAAACCCAUUAGCAUUAGCCACUCACUGGCUACUGCUGGUCUUGAUCAUAGACCAUGUAGUGACAUUGACAAACACAUCUGGUUCCAGUCUUUGGAUGCAGAGUGAAAACUGAAAUGCUUUUCUGUUUGAGCCUCUGUCACUACUUCUCCGUCCUCUGUAGACGAUGAGGGCCCUUACUUUAUGGCAUGUAGACAGAAAGAGUGGAGAAAAAAAAAGAGAUUGGAGGCUUAAAAAUGAUCACUGUUAUCUCAAUGUUGGGAAGACCACCACUGUUGGGAAACAUCAAACCACUGGUUCUAGGCACCAUCAACAGUGCAGUCACAUGUAGUAGUAGAUGGGGUUGUAUUUAUCCCCACCACGAACUCCUCCAACCUCUGCUUUUGUUCUUCCUUUUUCUCCACAUGCAAAUAUAAUUCGACAUCAUAGGUCAGGAAAGACGGGGAACAGGGAAUGCUAAGAUCAGUGUUAUUAAAGACAGAGAAUUGACACAGACUUAUAUAUAGAACCUAAUCACUUCAUCAAACAGUGGAAGACUUUCAGUUGUUCAGUGACUUCUGCUGCUUCAUAGCCUUGUCUGGUUUUAAACAUAAGCAUAUGGUCAAUGUUAUGUUGUAUAUUUUUUAGUUACAAAAGCUACAGCCGUGUCUCUAAUCUUUAAUUCCCUUAACCUAAUUAAUAACCUAAAAAAAAAUCUAUUUCUUGUUUUCUUACAUUCCAUGUUAAUUCGCACAAUUCCUCACUGUCGUAAAGUAAAGAAGUCUGAGGUCACUUUGCACUGCUUAAUCAAUUAGCACAUUCGUCUUUAGUUAGUUUGUUUGUAUGAAAAACUGGAAUCAUUGUAUUGUUACAAGUAUUAGCUCACACUUUGUAUAUAAGUAAGACCAGAUGACUCUCCUUAUGCUAUUCCACCUUGAGUACAUGAAAUAUUCAGUUCCACAUAAAGUCUGUUCAUUUUCAUUCACUUUACCACAGUCUUUCAGUGGUGAGACCACAUCUAAUGUUCACUUAUGCAAGGGGAACAAUUUGUCGUGUGUGUAAACUUAGACCAGUUGUAUAUUCCGUUACACAUGGGCUUAAAAGCAAUGGACGUAACCAUGUAGUUGCAAAAGUGAUUUCCCUGGUUGUGGAAUCAUUUCAGUGGUGAAUCUUUAUGAGUAAAUGAGGCUCCUUCCCACUGUGUGUUACUGUAGAAUGAACAAAACUAAAAUAAGACGAGUAACAUGGAUUUUCUUCUCUAGUUUCAGAUCACCCACAGAACAUUUCAGUCUAAGGCAUUGAUUAAUUCUUUACGUUAAUGAACAGCUCACCCGUCCUUGAUAUUACCUUAUAGACUGAUCACAGGGAAACUUUUCGAAACAUUUAUUAGCACCUAGACUGUCCAUGAAACUAAAUUGAGUUCCAUAUAGGGAUGGCUCGAUGCAACUUUUUAUCGGACCAAUACCGAUCCUGAGUAUCGGAUCGAGCCAUCCUUACUGGUGUAUCUACAUUAGGCAUUAGAAUAGAAUAUUGUUUUGCAACUGGAUGGCUAUGGUUCGCUACAGACUGGACUGGAACGUCAACAAGAAGUGACUUGUUUCACACAUGAUUGGUUAUCAACAUUAACAUCACACUUCUCAGACACCUUGUUGGAAAUUUGGUUCUCUAUACAGACUUGAAAUGUGCCUACGUGUAUCAAGCAAAUGAAAGCUUCCUGACCCUAACACACUGUAAUGUAAGUCUUUAACCCAAAGUUGCAAUAAAGCUGUCUAUAAUUACUUUCUGUUCCUAAGGUCAAAUAAAUUGAUGCCAAAUUAAAUAAAAACAUUCAGUGCAACUUU